UUGGGUUUCCCCAUCCUGGCACUCACUAUCAUUGUGUCCACCCUUGGUGGUCUGAUGUUUGGCUAUGAACUUGCAAUAAUAUCUGGAGCUCUACCACCUCUUCGAGCUUAGUUUCAUCUGGAUUGUGUUCACCAGGAAGCUGUGAUUAGCGCUCUUCUGAUCGGAGCAUUGUUGGCCUCUGUGGUUGGUAGCUGGAUAAUUGACCGUCAUGGCAGAAGGGCAUCUAUUUUGCAGAGCAAUUUCCUCAUCUUAGGGGAAACCCUUAUCCUGACUACAAGAGCAUAUUUUCUGUCAUUAGUGUUUGGUAGGAUUGUCAUUGGCUUUGCUAUGAGCAUAUCUUCCAUGAGCUGCUGUAUCUUCAUCUCAGAGAUGGUUGCUCCAACACACAGAGAUUUGAUUGUGACCCUCCAUGAAGUUGACAUUACUGUUGGGAUCUUUUUGGCCUAUGCUUUUAACUAAAUCUUAUCUGGUGCCCAAGCAGGAUUGAGAUACAUGUUUGGAAUUGCUACUAUACCUUCCCUCAUGCAGUACGACCGAGGAUGAAUGCCAGCAACCCUACAGAUUAGCAGAGGGAACUUCAAACCACAACCAACCAGACAAUGUGAAAGAACUGCCAGUGGUCUUGAGCUGGUGCUCAGUCAACAGCUUACAGGUAACCCAAAUGUCCUAUUCUACACUUCUACCAUCCUUUACUUUGUUGGAUUCCAGAGCAAUGCAUCUGCAGUUCUUGGCUCGGUGGGUUUAGGUUUAGACAAAGUCAUUGCUACUGUAGUAGCAAUGAUUUGUUCAGACAAGGUUGGCAGAAGAUCACUGCUGAUUGGUGAUUACUCAGUGAUGGCCGUAGGAUUGAUGCCUACUGGUUUCUUAAGUGGGCAAUCAGUAAUUGAUACAAGACACUGCAACUCUUUGAAGCCAUAAUCAAAUCUCUCGUCACUAGAUGAAAAUCAAGAGAAACUGCACAACAACUCAAAUAGUAAGAGCCAGAGUACUCUAUCGAAUGGACAUGAAACACAUGAUACGUAUGAGCAUUUAGUUUUCUGCAUGAUGACAGUUGUCUGUGCUUUCUCAGUGAGCUUUGGACCAAUGACAUGGCUUGUGCUAUGUGAGAUAUUUCCAAAGAAAGUGCAGGGAAGAGCAUUUGCUUUCAUCAACAGCUUCAAUUUGGGGGCCAACCUCAUUGUGACCUUUUCAUUUCUUGAAUAUAAUCGGCAUGCACAACCAAGGUCAAACACAUCUAUACAAUGA